UUUAUUAUAUCUAUUGUUUCAAAUAACGAGAGAGUGCAUGGUGAUUAGAUCGGUCGAGAUAGUCCGUGGUUCACUUGUCCACCUUCUCCGUGAAUCGUGAAGACUGGUCAUCCAUUCCAAGAGUUCUCUAUCGCACGCAGCCCUGCGUGUUGUGUGGGACAAAACCGGUUCCACUUAUUUUUCUGCUGAGACGUCACUCCAGGUCACGGUCAGGCGAGGAUGGGUAGCAAACUGUUGCAGAAACAGCUCCAGCAGUUCAAUAGUCAACAGGCUGCUGCGACAAAGAUCGUGCAGAAAGCUGCGGCAGAGCGGUCAGCUGCAGUGGGCAGUGCGGCAGCCCGAGCCGCGUAUCAGAGUCAACUAAGACCUCAUCAGGGCGGGCAAUAUGGUGAGGCGGCAACGUCCAGUCACAGUGGGACCGGCAAGGGGCCAGCAGCCGAGGUCCGACGGCGGCCUGUUCUUACUGAUGACGCGAUCAAAAGAAUCCAGAGCUUGCCAACUGGAAGGCACCUCAAGCUUGUGCUCGACACUUUGAAGGAGGAGAGGAGACCACUUACUCCUCAACAGAUAAAGGAAUAUUGUGGUGUGGAUGUCAAUGAGAACAAAGAACUCUUUGAGAGCUUGAAGAAUAACCCAAAGGCGAGGUACGAUGGGCAUUCGUUCGAAUACAAGUCGGCGUACGCGGUGAACAACAAGGACGAUUUGCUAAGGCUCAUAAGAACUGUGCCUGAGGGGAUCCCCAUGGCCGACCUCGAGGACUCGUACCCAGGAAUUAUUGAGGAUGCGCAGGAGCUGAAGGCUGCAGGCCAGGCAUGGCUGAUUCAGAACAGUGACAGCCAGAAGGACAUCAUCUACCCGAACGACCCCAGGAUAGUGAUCCAAGUCGACGAGGAGAUUAAGCAGCUCGUACGGUCGAUAGAAAUGCCGCGAGAAUUUGUGACGAUAGAGAGAGAGCUUGAGAAGAUUGGCAGUCGGCCAAUCAGCAACUCCCUGCAACGGCAAGCGAUUCUUGGCGUGCCACGACACUUGCAGCAGAAACCAAAGCCCAGAAAGAAGAGAGAGAACAAGCGUAUGAAGUACACUAACUUCCACUUGCCAGAGCUUUUCCGUAGUAUUAAGAUGCCAGAUUAAUUCAGAGAGGGGAAGGGGGAGGGGGAUUGAACAGUCCGGAACUUUGCUUGCUAGCAGUUUUUGCUGCAUUGUUGGCAGCAAGGUCCGCUGAAUUAAAAUGGAGGAAGGUGGGCGUGAACUUAUACAAGACCUACUCGCCCGAUCUCAUCCUUGGCAUGAAGAUGUCAAAUUGAUCCCAGGGGUGGAGGGGCAGAUGUGGGAUGAGCAUGGAGGCACGCAGGAAGCAUAGGGAGGUGAAAGCCGUUUUGAGUGUAAAUAGGAGGUGAAAGGCAGAAGACAUUUGGCAGAGGGUGCGCAAGAAGUAGGUAUGAUCGAACAGGUGAAGCCCCUUCUCCUCCGUUUUCAAUGCCCUUGGCAGAAGAUUGGUUGCAAUUUCUCAACAAUACUCUUCGGACUCUUCAGAGAAGUGGAGUGGUUUUGUUGUUUUGUGUUCGUUUGACUGCAUGCUUGCCCAUGCUCUUCAGAGAACUUUCACGACAUGUGUUCUCAUCGUACAGAAUGGCAGUAAUGAUGAUGUUUGUAUUCUUUCACUGAGAGCAUUUCUGUGUGUGGAACUGUGAAAUCAAACUCUCACCCAGAA